GUCAGCCGUAUUUCUUGUUACGCAAGUGCAUGGGUGUACAUGUAGUUGUCGCCGUGGCUCUUAUCGGAUACGGUGAACUGGCAUAGUGAUAAUCAUAGGAGCAGCGCCCACUUGUUGUCCAGUUUACUUAGUCAAAUCUUGCUUGGGCAUUGAAUUGCUUAUAUACGACCAUCUUUGGCUUAUUGCUUCAAUGCUCGCUUCAGUGAGCAAUGUACGAGCGCCAAGGGAUAUGCCUCUGGAGGAGGAACGUAACACGACGUCAUCGAGAGCGUCUGCAAAAAUCUCCUCUGUAUGCCCGAAGCACCCAAAAUUUCAGUCCUUGGAGGAGCGCCUAAGGAGCUUCAGUGACCUUCCUAGUCAUCUACUGCAGCGACUGAAGCCAGAGGAACUUGCCAACCUUGGAUUUUUUUACACAGGAAGAAGUGACGCUGUCAUUUGUUCCUACUGUGGUAACGCCCACGGUGACUGGACGGGGAAUGAGCACCCAUUUGUUGAGCACUGUCGAUGGUACCCCGAAUGCGAACACAUGCGCAAGAUCCAGGGCGAUGUUCCCGUGGACAACAUUCGCAACGCGCACGUGGACCUACUGGAAAAACUUGAAAGACGAGCCACAAUGGAGUGUACCAAAGAAGACAGAGAGAGGGCCGAGAAGAUUAUGAAAGGGCACGACUAUCACUUCUAUCUCAAUGCUGGCAUCACAUGGCCAGUGCUCGACCUGGCAGCCUCGCAGGUUCAUGAAAACAGCAGUUGGGAGGAAGUGCUACAAAAACUGGCCGAAAUUACACGUCUCGACCCUCAAGCAUCAUGGGGACUAAGGUCAUUCCCAGGAACCGCUCACACAGUACUGAGCCAGAGUCUCCCAAACACCUUAGACUAUGCCGGCGACCUAGAGAGUCCCUCGCCAACUCCAAAUUGUGCCAGUGACAUAGGAAGCUGGUCACAAUCUGCGAAAAGUGUCAACAAACAAAGCAGCCCUCCACUAGCUCCGAAGUAUGUCGACGAUAGAGGCAUAUCAGCUGAUGAGGCGUCGUCUGCGGCGGAACAACCUUGCUACCCCGAGUACAAAGACGAAGCAAAGCGACGAGAAAACUUUCGUCACUGGCCUUUGGAGCCCAGGAAAAGACUGUACGCUACAAAUUUCACCAUCGUGGGAUUGUACUACGCAGGUUUCGGCGAUGAAACAAUAUGUUUCCAAUGCGGCGUUAAACCGGAGUGUUGUGACUCUAAGGAUGAUCCGUAUAAUAGGCAUGCAGAGAAGUGUCCCAGCUGCGUGUUCAUCCGGAAGAAGCUAGAUGAAAGAUCACUUGAACAGCGUUCACCAGCUGAAAACAACGCACCCUCGACACCAGUACGAACAGUUGAUUUAAGGAAGAAAGAAGUUCUGGAUGGACGCGAACUAUUGCCAGGGUCUAUGAUUGACCAGCAUGCGCCACCUGGACGAGGAGCACCAGACGAAACGUGUCCAGUCGUUACAGGCCCAUCAGCUCCGUCAAAAAACUUCGAGUACGUCCUAGAUGACUUCAAGCUGUGUCCAAAUGGCUAUGUGCUAUUCUUGGAAAACUACCCUCCGAAGUAUGACUACCGAAAAGACGGCUUCAGUCGCUUGAAAAGCUACGGAAGCGUGUCGCCCACGAUUAAAGGAAAGACGAGUACUCUGGUCAAUUCGGGAUUAUUUUGCUUUGGGGAUGGUAACACGGUUACGUGUUUCCACUGUGGCGGAUGCCUCAGUGACUGGGCUGACGAAGACGAUCCCUUCGUGGAACACUGCCGCUGGUUUCCCGAAUGCACGUUUACUCGUUUCUUCGCUGGCGAUCAUGCAGUGAAUUACAUCAUAAAAGAACACACGAAACUCAUGAAAAAGCUUGAAGAAAGAGCACGUACGGAAACAAAUGCCAAUCACAAGGCGAUCGUACAGUCAGUUCUGAACCCAGAAGAUAUUCGCUUCAGUGAGACAAGAGGGGUGACAGAGCUUGUCUUGGCUUUGGCUGCAAGCUUGCUGCCAACAUCUUUAGUGAAGGCGGACGACAUAUUCUCGAAAGUGGACGAACUGUGCCGCCUGAGGCUUGUGAGGGACUGGAGGACGGUACCAUGCAACAUUGAAGCACGUUUCCCUCGGCUAAUCGACAUGAGGUGCUGUCAUGUUGCGGACGGUAACACGAAACAAAAUGAUGAUUCGCCAAACCUAUCACAGCAGCUGGUGGCAGCUAGUGCGGAAUGCACAUUGGCAAAACAUCCCAGGUACUCUGAUUUUACGAGAAGAAUACAUAGUUUCGCUGAGUUCCCUCAUCCCCCCAGGGGCCAUCUGAAGCGUACCACGUUGGCUAGUGCUGGCCUCUUCUUCACAGGUUUCGGCGAUGAAACAAUAUGUUUCCAAUGCGGCGUUAAACUGGAGUGUUGGGACAUUAACGAUGAUCCGUAUAAUAAGCACGCAGAGAAGUGUCCCAGCUGCGUGUUCAUCCGGAAGAAGCUAGAUGAAAGAUCACUUGAACAGCGUUCACCACCUGAAAACAACGCACCCUCGACACCAGAUGAUGAUGAAGGGUACUCCAGCAUGCACCCGAGCAGCGGUGCCAACGCUCCAAUACGGAAUCAUAACGAUGGAGCCUGUGGGGUUCAAACGAUGAACGAAGUUUCUACCAUGAGUGUACAGCGGCCACCUUCACGUACGCCUGAUGUGUCUGGUUCUCGUGGGAACGAAACACUACAGCUACAAGCGUAUCCGCACGGACAGAACGAACACACUGUCCUCCACUCCAGGCCUGCUUUCCCACGUUACGCUCCGUUAGAGAGAAGGGAACAGUCAUUUCUCGCCUAUCCCAGAGAUGCGAAGGGAAACACUGGAAUGAUGGCAAAGUGUGGCUUUUUCUACACGGGACGUCAGGACCGUACUACAUGCUUCAUGUGCGGUAACAGCCUCUGCAGUUGGGUCGACGAAGACGAUCCGUUGGUUGAACAUGCCAGGUGGUUCCCACACUGCUCAUACGUUGAACUUAUGCUCGGCGAUGAAGUCAUCAGCAACGUCAGAGAAAGCCACAGAAACCACCUUGCAGAGCGGCAAGCAGAAGAACAAAGCCGAAGUGACGACCGCACCGAGACCAUUGUGCGUGAACUCAUGCGCGCACCAUUGGUCCAUCGGCUCCUGCAGCAGAGUAUUGAUCCUAGCAUCAUGGAGUUGGCGAUUCGUGCAAGACUAAAUAGCGCAGAGUUGAUUGACGUGCUGGACGAACCGGACCUACGCAGAGCUCUUGCGGAAGUUGUUUCUUUGCCGAACAACCUGAGGACAAAGGAAAUUUCCAAGACAGAAACGGGAAAUCUGAGCAAGUGCGUCAUUUGCGCAACGGCCUACCGGAACUGCGUCUUUGUACCUUGCAGUCAUCUUGUCGCUUGCACUGAUUGCGCAGCACUAUACUCUGCUUGCCCAACUUGCGAUCGGCAGGUGGUCGCAAGGAGGAAUGUGUUUUUGGCCUGAUGAGUUAUGGAAGCGGCGUUUGAAAUGCGCGUUUCCCUGUUGAACCGUACAGAACAGGUAAGCCUGUGGAAGGUGCCCGUCUGUUUUUUUCUUUUUUUAGAUUACUUGCAAACUUUACUGAGUAUGUUUGCGUUGCUCAAUGAUGUAUUAAUUCCCUUUUUUAUUGUGUCAUCUUUUUCUUUUGUUUUGCACCAACUGCAAAAUGUUCCGCGUGUCUCACUGCCUACUUUAUUUUGCUACGUUGAUUGUACUGUAGCUGUGCAAUUACGGUACUGCAAUUGCAACUCUGUUUUCCCCACUCGUAUGUAAUGCCAUGUAAGGGACCUUGGUGUAAAAUAAAUACAUAGAUAGUUACCGCCA